GUUUACCAUUCAUCUCUCAGCACGGCAGCGAUGGCAGCGAUCAGGACGGCCCUGAAUGGACGAUUUCUUCAGCCUCUCUCCCUGUCAUGUGGGUCGUUGCGGUUCAUCAGCUCCUCCUUCAAGAGCUUGACUGGCAUGAUGAAUCCAGAUUAAUUUUUCAAAUGCAUGUCCAAUCAGUGAUAAUGAAUAAACAUCUCUCCACGUGCCCGCUUUACUCCCUGCCCCUCUCUGUCUUUUUGUUUUCUCUCCCUCUCUCUCUCUCUCUCCGCGGUUGUUUGUGCCAGGCUGCAGAUCUUACCAUAGAGAGGAACCCUGUACUGAAGCCAAAGCCAGACCCCUCAACCCUUGUGUUUGGCAAGCAGUUUUCAGACCACAUGCUGACAGUCAGCUGGUCUGCAGCAGGAGGAUGGGAGGCACCUCAGAUCAAGCCCUUCCAGAAUCUGUCCCUUCACCCCGCUUCCUCAGCCCUGCAUUACUCCAUAGAGCUAUUUGAGGGCAUGAAGGCUUUCCGCGGAGUAGAUAACCGCAUCCGUCUCUUCAGGCCUCUGCUGAAUAUGGAGCGCAUGUACCGGAGCACGGAGAGGAGCUGUCUGCCUUUGUUUGAUAAGGACGAACUGAUAAAGUGUAUCAAUAAGCUGAUUGAGAUCGACCAAGAAUGGGUUCCUUACUCCACAGACGCCAGCCUGUACAUCAGACCAACGUUCAUAGGAACUGAACCCUCUCUAGGUGUGUCUCGAGCCGGUCAAGCUUUGCUCUUUGUCAUCAUUGGGCCUGUUGGACCUUAUUUUGCAACUGGAGGCUUUAGUCCGGUGUCACUGCUGGCAGAUCCUCGAUAUGUCCGGGCUUGGAGGGGCGGCGUUGGAGAAUACAAGAUGGGAGGUAACUACGGGCCGACGAUUGCUGUUCAGAGCGAGGCGGCCAAGCAGAAAUGCCAGCAGGUCCUUUGGCUGUACGGAGAGAAUGAGGAGAUCACUGAGGUCGGAACCAUGAAUCUCUUCAUCUACUGGACCACAGAGAAAGGAGAGAAAGAGCUGGUCACCCCUCCUCUAGAUGGAAUAAUUCUUCCAGGAGUCACCAGGCAGUCUCUGCUGGACCUUGCCAGAGAAUGGGGGGACUUUAAAGUGACAGAGCGCCGAGUUUUAAUGAAGGAGCUGAUAGACGCUUUAGAUGACGGACGGAUUCUGGAGGUGUUCGGUUCGGGCACUGCAUGUGUGGUGUGUCCAGUUGGCAGUCUUCUCUAUAGAGGACAGACUUACCAAAUUCCCACAAUGAAGAACGGACCGGACCUUGCCAAGAGAUUCCAUAAGGAGCUCACUGACAUCCAGUAUGGACGCACUCAGCGGGACUGGGCACCAGUGAUCAUCUAACUGAUCGGAUUGGUCUAAAACCUCUCAUCUCAAGUGUUUGUGUGUGGACUAAACAGACAGGGCUGUUAUUAAACCUAUUAAAUAUACGCAGUCUUUCCUAAUGUCCUUACAUGCUUGCUUGGAAAUCAGUAUGGCAUAGUUUGUAGCACUAGAGAUCAUCCUUAAACCUAAGCUCAAGCGUCAUAAGCAACAAACUAAUAUUUUCUCCUUGCAAUAGUUACUGAUCCAAUCUGUAAACUUUUAUUUUUGUCAACCUAUCAUCUUUUGCUGUCUUCUAAAAUAUUAUUUAUUUAUUAACAUUUCAACUUUUAUAUUGCAGGAAUGGUGCUAAGAAAUCAGGUUCAGGCUUCAGCAUGUAAUCAUUUUAAUGUAAAUGUUAAUUCACUGAGCUGCUUGUUUGUUUGUGUAACAGGAGAACAGUCAUGAUUUUCUAUCUUACUAGUAAGAGGACAGACAGCUAUUCAUUUGAAUUCACAUUCAAGGAGUUAUCUAUCGCCAGAUUUAGAUGAAUUAAAACCAUGAGCUGAACUUAUGCACGCACAAAGGACUUCAGGACGGCCCAGACAUAGCAGCUCUUGAGACCCCUAGAAAAGUCUUGAUGUGAUAAUCAUAGAUAGGUGAUCAUUAAUAGACUCUAUGUGUGUGUUAUCUAUAUGAUAUCCAGAACAACAAUGUGACCUGUAUGUACAUGUGUUUGUGAAAUGUAUAGCAUUCACUGAACAUGUAUAAUGUAUUAGUUUUAACUUAUUUUUGGUGUUGUUUUAAUGUUUAGAAUACAUAUCAGCUUAUUAUGAACCCCUCCCCCCUUUUUUCCCCUUCAUUUUAAACUUUUUUUUCCUUUUUAUUUUAAUCCAUGCACUACUCCACAUCUUUUCUGUCUAAGUGCCUGAUGGAGUGGGCUGCUACUGCACUCAUGAUUGGUUUGUUUUGUUUGAAGGGUUUUUCAGAGUAGAUUUCUUUACUUUUUCUGUUUCUGUAUUUUUACAAAUAAAUUAAAUUUUCAUCCAAA